AUGGAGACAAAGAUAUCAAUGAUUAUUUUGUUCGUAAUCCUCUCCAAUGCUUCAGUAGCCGACUUAAAUGUGAACAGAACUUGUUAUAAGAUCUAAUUCUACUUCAAACCUCUUGCCGGUGUUGUUUUUUGUGAGUUGUUUUCAGAUGACAUUAUCUGAGGUAGGAACCUUUUGUUUCUCGGGGAGAACACGGACCGUAUUUCUGACGGACAACAACAAGAAGACCCAGCCGAGUGCUCGCCGAAGAAGAAACCCUUUCGCAACUUCGUAAAAUCGGGGAGUUAAAGUCCUUGUCAUUCGGACCCUUGUGCCCGAAGGGUGUCAGUAGAAGGAUAAAUGUCUGAUGCCUCAGAACACCUUACAGAGGAAGAGGAGGUGAUUGCGCCUGAACCAGAGGACCAAUCGGACGACAGCAGCGGGGACGAGGCUGCAGGAGACACAGAGAUGGACUUCCUGCGUAACCUCUUCUCCAGCAGCCUCGGCCUCGGCUCGGCGGACAAGGUUCUGGACGAGCUGACUCUGGAAGGAGUAGCGGAAUACAUAAAGAGCGGCAAAUGUGAAAACAUCAUCUGUAUGGUUGGAGCCGGAAUAUCCACAUCGGCUGGGAUCCCUGAUUUCCGCUCACCGGGAACCGGCUUGUACGCAAACUUGCAAAAAUAUAAACUCCCUUACCCAGAGGCCAUCUUCCAGAUAGAUUAUUUUAAGAAACAUCCAGAGCCGUUCUUUGCCUUGGCCAAAGAGCUUUACCCAGGACAGUUUAAGCCGACACUCUGUCACUAUUUCAUUAAGCUGCUGAAGGACAAGGGGUACUUGAGGCGCUGCUACACACAGAACAUCGACACUCUGGAGCGCGUGGCCGGCCUCGAGGGAGACGACCUGAUCGAAGCUCACGGGACGUUCUACACGUCCCACUGCGUGAGCUUCUCCUGCCGCCAGAAGUACAACCUGGACUGGAUGAGAGAUAAGAUCUUUUCCGAAGACAUUCCUCGAUGUGACAAGUGCAAGAGUUUGGUGAAGCCAGAUAUCGUCUUCUUCGGAGAGAGUCUACCCGUUCGGUUCUUCACCUCGAUGAAGAUGGACUUCCCUCGCUGUGAUCUCCUCCUCAUAAUGGGCACGUCUCUGCAGGUCCAACCGUUUGCGGGUCUCGUCGGCAGGGUUUCAAAAAGUUGCCCCCGACUGCUCAUUAACAUGGAGAAGGCGGGGCAGGCCGAUCCUCUGUUCGGGUUGGUGGGCUUCGGAGGAGGGAUGGACUUUGACACAGACAAGGCCUACAGGGACGUAGCUCACAUCAGUACUUGUGAUGACGGCUGUCUGGCUUUUGCUGAGCUGUUGGGAUGGAAGGCGGAGCUGGAGGAGCUGGUGAAGCAGGAGCAUGCAAAGAUUGACAGCCUGGCGGAGCAAGAGAAGGCCGGUGAGAGCGAAGGAGCUGCAGCCGAGGGGAGCGCCGCGCCCGAGCAGGAGAAGGAGUAGCAGCAGCUGCCGUCGCCGUGUGGAGCUGGGUCUUUAGAAGAAGAAGAAGAAGAUGAUGAUGAUGAUGGGGGGGGGUUGUUUGGAAGUGAUGCUUCGACCGGCGUCGCUGUCUCAUUUUCCAUCGGCGGACAUUGAGUUCUUCUGAACAACCUCCCUCUCGACGUCCCCGUGUUUUAUGCUUCUGUUUACGUCCUUAUUUGCACCUCCUACUUCCCUUCCUUUGCACUGGCUUCCUUUGCUGUAUAUUUCUAUUCAAGGCAGGUAACAAUGCAUGGACAGAUUUUAAUGCAGAGGGAAGCUAAAUAUUAACCCUCGGCUGUGUGGUCAUGACUUACUGUCUCAAACACAUCAGAUGUGGUGAUUUGGGUAUUUUUAUGGUUUUGAGCUGAUCUCUUGGCCCAAUUGGUCGUAGAAGCACCACAGAAGGAAACCUCUUGAUGGGGGAGAGAUGAGGUGUAAAUAUAACAGCAGGAGAACUGUUAAGGUGGAACUUUUAAAGUGUUUUAAAUUAAGUGUUUUUCAUGUUAACCAUUUCCUUGUCUUUUGAAUUUAUUUUUAUUGUUUGUUCCAACACAAUGUUGAUAGUGUGAGCUAUAUCCUCUUAAUGUUAUGGAGCAACAGACUGUGAACAACGUGACUUUGCAGUCAGGACUGUAGAUGAUUCUGCUGGUUGAAGCUUUGAGGGUAGUUUAAGUAUAGAAAUACAAGAUGGUAAAAAAAAGAUUCACUAAAAUAAGGUGUUUGGGUUAAGUUGUUGCUUCCUGGAAUUAAAAGCAAAAGUACAUUACGGACCUGUACAAUAUAAUGGAAACUUAUCUGAAAAUGUUGCAAUAAAUUGGGACAUUUGUAAAAAAAAAAAA